AUGACCUCUAACAGUUAUUUGGAUCCUUCAACAUCAGUUUAUUUUAAUAAAAAGACAGUAUUUUCUGCCAACCUGAACUUGGCCACCAUAAGAAGCAAAGGCUUUAUCCGUCCUCAUUCUCCACAUCAGGUUGAUCCAUGGAACUUGAAGCCACCAGAUUUCUCUCCUAAACUCUACACAUCUCUGAGUGUCCCUCGAAGGAAGAACACAAAAAAUACACACCAACAUUUACUGUCACUUGCCUCCAGUGAGACAGCCUUCAGAGUGGACAGAGUUACCCCAAACAUUCUACUUACCGAGAUUGACCAGAAUAAGAAAGCCUUGCCAAAGUUCAGUACAUCAUACAGACCUCCUGGCUCUUUAGAAUCCAAGCUGAUGUUCGUUAAAACAGGGAAAUACCCUCCUGUGACCUACAAGAACCCUAAACCACAUAACUUUAGACCGGUAUGGUGCUGGAACAUAACACCUUCCUUAACAUGUUCAUUGUGAUUUCUAUUAAUGGUACAAAAUACUGGUACUAAAUUCUUGCCGUGUAUGAUUCUAACACAAGAUGGCAACAAAUAUAUUGAAAAAUAUUUUGCUCUGAAAUAUUUCAAUUCAGCUUGCUGAUGACAUGCCAAAUAUAGUUACUGCAGCUGAAAGGGAUCCUGGUCACUUGAACUUCAAAUCUCAGCACCUGAGUAUAAGUAAGUCAGCUUUCCUGGAUAUUGGUGUGUAGACACUGCUCUAUUAGUGUAAUUAGACAAUUUCCUAAGCAUCAUCCAUUUAUCAUUUGAAAGCUAUGUCCAUGGCCUUUUAUCAAAACUAUGCCUACAUUACACUGAUGUUGCACAGAAAACUCAGCAAUAUCCUGCCGACUGUGACACUGGUUUUCAUUCUACUCCAGUUAGGGGCACCAGAUCGGACACAGACAUUUACUCAAGGGAACCUUUGGGGAAGAUGGACACCUAUAAGCCAACAGAGCCCAGAUGGGAGGCCAGGCUCACACUCCCUAAAUUGCCAUGGCCCUCAAAAUCUGCCUCCUACACUGUGAGUGGGCUGGUUUAUACCCAGCCUGGCUAUAGGCCCCACACCAUUUUAAUUCAAUGCUUUCAUGUCUGCUUCAGGCCAUUUCAGUAGCGUGAGUGUUGAAUUGGUCAGUUACCAUGUUAUUAUGCUGUUAAACCCAAAAGUGCUAAAACAAAACGAUUUCCCCGCCCGCCACUGUUUUGGUAAAAAGCUUAGGGUUGGGGCUGGAGAAAUGUAACCACUCUUAAAUUCAUAGACAGAGAUAUGGAUAUCAAGGACUGACCAUCCAUGAUAUCAAAAUUAUUGUUUUAACUAUAUGUUUUAAAGCUAUACAGUGUAGGGUCAUCUUUAAGCCAUUCAAAAGCCUAGAGCAUAAGGCAAACCCAUAAUAAAUAUAGUAUAUUCUGCGUCAAGUUUCUACUGAUAUACAUUUUCUGAAAUAUUUUCUUCUUCUCAGAGACACAGGCACAGACGCGGAGUGUACAGUGCUUUCAUGGACAGAGUAGAGGAGAAGAUCUCCAGCUCUUGGAAAACUGGCUGA